AUGGUUCGCCUUCCAGAAUACGUCGUUGCCAGCAACCUGUUCUUGGCCGUGCUCGGUGCAGAAUGUAACCAGACACGGCUGCUACAAUUUGCCCACGGUCUAGUCGACGCGCAGAAUGUUGGAUCUCUCGGCAAUUUGCAGGGCGCCGACCCUCACAACCUCACCUACAUAGAGAACAACCAAACAAUGCAAAUGACUAGCGGAGUUUUCGCGCACGCGAUACACGUGGACCACAACCGUACCAUCACAGACCUCACAGAUUGUGCAUCAUACACGGAAAUGAUCAUGACCGACCGUGCCUCUCCCCAUGUCGUGGGCACACAGGUCCGCCACGACCCGGACAACGAUAUGCUCGUCUACCUGGUUGACUCUGUCGUCUCAACCACGGGGUCCUGGCUCUUCAACGCCAGCAAGACGCUCGAGUGGGUCCUGAAGGAGGACUGGAGCAUCAUACCGGCCGGCGAGCGAGACACCCGUGAGGCACUCAAGAAUGCCGCAGACGCCUAUCUGGACAUGUGGAACAACAAGAGCGCGAUCGACGCUGUCCCCUGGGGCACGCCGUGCGCCCGGCUUGAGGGCUCAGCGUACACCGGCAACGGGUCUCCUACCGACAGCUGCAAGCCCGGGAUACCGACCAACAAUAAUCAGGCACCAAACAUCAAUAGGCGCUACGUUAUUGAUGAGUCAUAUGGAUCGGUGGAUGUGAUCAACAUCUUCCAGCACUUGAGUAACGCUCCGGACAGCCAUGAGUUCCGCAUGGUUAAGGGGAAGCUUCGGUACAUCCACACUAUGACAAUUGCAUCAAGUGGGAAAAGGUCAGUUGCGGUGUGA